CCACUUUGAGCGAGGCCUCCACCUUCCUUCAGAGCUCCAGGAAGCAACGCAAGGAUCCACUCGACAUCACCACCAGCUUGAGUCAGCAUGAAGAUCCCGACCGUCCGGACGGUCCAGGUCUUGUGCCUGAUCGGAUUCUUCACCGGACCUUUGCAGGUGUUAUGUCUCAAAAAGAUUCCCCUCGACAUGUCCAAGAAUUCCGUGGAUGACCAGUAUAUUAACUGCCACCCCAAGAAGGAGUUCAAGGUGGAGAAGCCAGGAUACCUUCCCAUCCCGAUGAAAUAUAUGUCGAUCUGGAAUGCAGCCAGAGGCUACUGGGCCAAACUUGGACCAAGUGUCAGCAAAAUCAAACCAAUCUACGGCACUGCAGUUGUGGCUUACACAAUGGGCGGGGGCCUGUACCGUGAUUUCAACAACGCCGUCCGCGAUGCCGGGAAAUCCAAAUACUCUUACAAUCAUUUUGUCUUCAAAGACUUUUUCUUCCUCCUAACCAAGUUUGUUCAGGCCAGGAAAAUCACGGGCAAAUGCUAUGAGGUCUUCCGCGGGGUAAGUGGGAUCCAUUUCAAAGUCCACUCGAAACAGCUUGUCCGCUUCGGGCAGUUCGCUUCCUCGUCUUUGGUCAAAGAGAAGGCCGAAAGCUUUGGCCAGGACACCUUCUUCUCCAUCAAGACCUAUCACGGAGUGCCCAUUUACGAUCUCUCGUACUACCCGCACGAAUGGGAAGUUCUCAUCCCGCCGUACGAGAUGUUUAUUGUGACCCACCAGCAGAAGACCCUAAAGGGGGUCACCAUCAGAUUGAAGUCCCAAGGUGUUUCCAGCCGCUUCAACUGUGAGGCCCUGAAAGGUGCAGGUCGCUAAACUCCAACGGGGUGGCCGUUCCUUCUGUGGGGUCUCCUUCGGACCUGGAGUACCCUGGGGUCUCCAGGAAGCCUCGAAAAACCUGGCCAUCUAGGCAGAAGGCAUCCCUCGGAAGGAGACCAAGUGCGACGUGCAAAAAAGCCAUUUAUUCAAGGAAGGUGCAGUCUUUCUCUAGGGUGCAAGGAUCAGGAAUUGGGUACAAGUGAUAUGGGAUGAUUGUAUCAGAAAUCAACAAAUCAAGCAAUAAAAAUCUUUGGUGUGCAACAGAAGCUUUGUUUUGUUACAUGGAAGGAAAGACAGACACACACACCCCUACUCACCGUAGGUUGCAUCUGCUCCUUUUCCACCCGAUUUGCAUCCUUCUGGACAAUUUGCAGCUUUAACUGGGGAAUUCUGAAGGCAGCCCUAUUGUUUGGUUGAUGAAAAGGCUAGUUUGGGCCCACUGAAAGAAAUGGCUCUGACUCAAAAGGAAAAAAAAUUAGUGUAAAUGGAGCCCACUCCCCAGGAUAAAAUAUUAAUCCAUGGAUGAUCUCCCAAAAGAGAAGGAACGAUAAUUCCCUUAGGGAUAGGUAGGAAACCUCAGCUGUCUUUCCUCCACCAAGACAGCCCAUAGACAUCGUUUAGGGAAACUAUGUUUCAUUCAAAAGAUGCAAUGUUGCCCAUUCAUAAAACUGGAUUCCCAUUCAGAAAAUACUGCAUAACAAAGCAAUCUCUGAAAAGACAGGCUGACUACAUAAAGGACUGGAACUGAUUAUGCAGCCUACGGCCAAACUGGAAAAAUAAAAACACCUAUACUUACAUUUCCCUUAGCCCGAAGGAGCAGCCACAACGUCAUACACAACAAAAAGAAACUCUAUAAUGGCAAUUAGAGUAUUGUGAAAAGAACAGAUAUUCAUACAUCGAUAAAAAAAGAACUCAGAAACAUAUACAAACUCUCUCACCAACAAACACAAUUUCCUAGCUGCCCCUAAGAACCGCCUUGUUGCUGUUACUGGGAAACAAAGGGAAGCUCCUUAUCAUAAGCAGCUUGCCUUGGGUCUUGAUUUUCGCUCACCGCUUCUCUCCCAGAUCGGGAGAAAGAAUGGACCUGAGCCAAUUCUCUCAACAAUUUGGCGACCACAAAGGGACUCCAAUGCUAAUCUGAUCAACCUGGCCCCGUAAGCCUUCACUAUGCUGGCGACAGAUUCCUUUAGUCUGUGGGUGGGUUUUUCGGACCUUUCCCAUUUGGAGAAAAGGGAGUAAAGGGGUUUUUGAGCCUUGUGUUGAAUGGCUGCUGGCAAAAG